UGAUUGGUACACGUAAGAACGGAAUAUGUGCGGCUUCUUGAGUCUUCCACAGAUCUACUGGCUCACAACUCGACAACUCUCUUCCUUUUAGGCCUCUCGCUUCUGUCCCGCAGUCCACGCCUUCUUCCUCCUUUUGCCUGAACCAAAGGGCUUAAUCUUCGCUAAUCGUUGUGUGGUUUCCGAGAUUCGACAAUGACUCGCGGUAACCAGAGAGACCGAGAUCGAGAAAGGGCUCAAGCCAGAACAGGCAACAAAGGCAAGAGUGUCAAGGACGAUGGGCUAACCCCUGAACAACGCCGUGAAAGAGAUGCAAAGGCCUUGCAAGAAAAGGCCGCAAAGAAGGCGGCGCAGGCAGCGGCCGGAGGGAACAAUGCGGGCGCUGGUGCAGGAAGUAAAACCAAGAAAUAAUAAUGUAAUGUUGGUGAAAUGAUAUAGGGUGGAGGGUAAAGAUCGUGUUAUAUACGUUGAUUGGGGAAUCAGAUCUUUGGGUUUCUUUUUUGGUUUUCAGAGUCUCUGUCUAUGUCGUUUGAAGGUUAACAAACUCUUGGUGUGUUUGUUUAAUUGGCAUUGAUGUUGACUCUUAAAUUUUCUAUCUGAUUGGGAAUGGAAUUGAAUUUCUAUGUAGCAUGCUGCAA